CCUUCGAGAGACGGAGCCCUCCGGCGUCGAUUCUUCUCUCACGCUCUGUAAGUUUAUGCCCUCCCACUCUCUCGCUGAUCUCUUUAUCCCUUUCUUUUCAUUCCAAGAUCUGGUUUUUAGAUCAUUUAUCGUCUUGAUUCGAUCAAAGAAGAAGUUUUUUGUUGUUUUUGGGACGAUUUCUUCCUUGGAAUUCUGCCGUUUUUGAUGUCUCUAGGCCUCCCCUGUUGUAUUUAGGAUUAAGGUUCUUUUAUGGUAGCUGUGAUUUGAGGGCUUGCUACGGUUUAAUAGGCGUAUCUCGUGAUUUUGAGCACCGGAUUAAGAUUUGGGCUCGAUACAUUGAUGCAAGGGAUGCUCUUGUCUUCUCUUUAGCUGUAAUUGAUUCCCAAAAUUUGUGAUUUUAUUUGAGAUUUAGGGUUAAGGUUUCACUGGAGAAUCAAUUGGAUCGUUAAUCAAUUUGAAAUUGAUGCUCAAAUCGAUGAGAAUUGAGUUGUCAUUGGAGGAGGUAGAGCCAUUUUUUUCUUUUGCCUGAAGGUUAGAAUCCCAUGAGACGGCGUCCGCCUGUAUCUAGUUAUCACGAGGAGAUGGAAAAGACCAAUGAUAGGCACCCGCCAUCCCGUCUCUGCUUCCUAGCUACAUUAGCUGCCAUGUUCUGGGUCUUCAUCUUCUACUUCCAUUUCUCCAUGCUCAGUAAUAGCCCCAUCAAUCUGCCAGAACGACCUACCCGCUUCCACCGCAUUUCAUCCAAUGCCCAACAUUUGUCCAAGGACCAGGAUCUAUCUGAAUUAACCUCAUCCAGUGCUCCUCAUUUGUCCAAGAACAACCAUCCAUCUGAGCCAGUUGUCAUGCCACAUCCCAAGCUGCCUGACACCCAUCCAGCACCCAAGAAUUACCCCUUCACCCGGGCCCUCAGGACCCUCGAGAACAAGAGCGACCCUUGUGGCGGAAGGUACAUCUAUGUCCAUGACCUCCCUUCUCGGUUCAAUGAUGACAUGCUUAAAGAUUGCAGAAAGCUCAGUCUUUGGACCAACAUGUGCAAGUUCAUGACCAAUGCCGGCAUGGGUCCACCCCUCGAGAACAUCAAUGGGGUCUUCUCAAAUACCGGGUGGUACGCCACCAACCAAUUUGCAGUAGAUGUGAUCUUCAGCAACCGAUUGAAGCAGUAUGAGUGCUUGACCAAAGAUUCGUCCAUUGCAGCUGCCAUCUUUGUGCCUUUCUAUGCUGGUUUCGACAUAGCACGGUAUCUUUGGGGAUAUAACAUCUCGGUCAGGGAUGCUGCCUCUCUUGAUCUGGUGGAUUGGCUCAUGAAGACGCCAGAGUGGAGCGUGAUGGGUGGGAGGGACCACUUCUUGGUGGCGGGGAGGAUUACAUGGGAUUUUAGGAGACUGACGGAUUCUGAAUCAGAUUGGGGAAACAAGCUUCUCUUCUUACCGGCUGCCAAGAACAUGUCUAUGCUGGUUGUGGAGUCAAGCCCAUGGAAUGCAAAUGAUUUUGGGAUCCCAUAUCCUACUUAUUUCCACCCGGCAAAGGAUGCUGAUGUUUUCAUUUGGCAAGAUCGAAUGAGAAAGUUGGAGCGGAAGUUUCUUUUCUCCUUUGCAGGGGCACCACGCCCUGAUAACCCAAAAUCUAUCAGAGGACAGAUUAUCAACCAGUGCAAGAAGUCUAAGGUUUGUAAAUUGUUGGAAUGUGAUUUUGGGGAGAGCAAGUGCCACUCUCCGAGCAGCAUAAUGCAGAUGUUCCAGAGCUCAUUGUUCUGCUUGCAACCUCAAGGGGAUUCGUAUACAAGGAGAUCAGCUUUUGACUCAAUGCUGGCCGGUUGUAUCCCUGUUUUCUUCCAUCCAGGGUCAGCUUAUACCCAAUACACUUGGCAUCUUCCAAGAAAUUAUUCAAAGUAUUCAGUCUUCAUCCCAGAAGAUGAUAUUCGCAAGAGGAACGUAAGCAUUGAAGAAAGAUUGAAGCAAAUUCCUUCAGAUGUCUUGAAGGAUAUGAGAGAGGAGGUCUUAAAUCUCAUACCAAGGCUGAUAUAUGCGGAUCCUAGGUCGAAAUUGGAGACUCUUAAAGAUGCCUUUGAUGUGGCUGUACAGGCAAUUAUUGACAAGGUUACGAAAUUGAGGAGGGACAUAAUCGAAGAUCGUGAAGAUAAGGAUUUCAUUGAGGAGAACAGUUGGAAGUAUGCUUUGUUAGAGGAAGGUCAGCAGACAGUCGGCGCACAUGAAUGGGAUCCAUUCUUUUCUAAACCUAAGGAUGGUGGUGGAGAUUCUGGUAGUUCAUCAGCUGAUGCUGCUAAAAAGUCAUGGAAGAAUGAGCAAAGGAGUCAGUCUUAACCUAUAUGCUAGGUUUACUUGGCAAAAGGGCUAAGAGAUCAUUUUGAUCAAUCAUCAGAUCAUUGUUGUUUUGAAGCUACUUCAGUGCUGGCGCACCAUAGAGAUCAAAGCUGAGGUUCAUGGAACUCCAAAUUCUGAUCAUGGCCAUGUUGGGGCAUAUUCGAUGAUUUUUUCUAAAUUUGGAAAGAAACUGUGCCUACAACAAUAUUUGGAAUUAAGUGGUCGGCGACUGAUAUUCUUUUCAAUAUAUAUAUCAUUUUUUUAUAGUUUAGGAGUUCCACCCGUUUUGGCAUUUUCUUACAGUUCUGUACCCCUCUUAUAUUACAUGUUUCACAAAGAUAGAAAUACCGUUAUUGUAUCUUUUCUUCUCCAUUUUAAUCCCAUCAGAUCCACCGAGAAUUAGUGAAUUAAUAAAAUUCUUUUUCUAGCUGCUUCUCUA